AUGCAAGCCUACGCAGCCACUAUCCGUACGCGGCAUGAGCUGAACAAGAGACAUAAGAUCGACGAGUCGGUGUCGGUGCAAAUGGACGUCGCGUUUAGCAACGACGAAAGGGUCCUUGCAUGGAUGCGCAUUGUUUUUUUUGGUGGUCGCGACGUGCAGCCUGUGUGGUCCGUGUUGGUCAAAGAGGCCGCCUAUCUGACUGCAGCGCGACACUCGCCGGGUACGGGCAGUCGGUUGUGCCCGCGUGCCUGCUUGCGUGCGUCGCUUCGCGGUGAGCUCGAUCGAAGGGCUGGCUGGCGGGCAAAGACCCGCAAACUUCGUGCCUGCUCGCCUUGGACGCCCGCGUUGCGUCUUGGCAGAGCGGCUCCGCGUGCCCAACGCGUCUCGCUUCGCGUCGACGUACCUGUGACCAAGAUGGCCAAGGCAGACACCAAGACCAAGUCGUCGACUUCGACGCAGAAGCGCACCACCAAGUCCAAGAAGGAUCCCGCCGCCCCUAAGCGCCCGCUCUCGGCAUACAUGUUCUUCUCGCAGGACCACCGCGAGCGCGUCAAGCAGGCCAACCCCGAGGCCGGCUUCGGCGACGUCGGCCGCCUGCUCGGUGCCAAGUGGAAGGAGAUGUCCGAGGCCGAGAAGAAGCCGUACAACGACAUGGCCACGCGCGACAAGGCGCGUGCCGAGGCCGAGAAGGCUGCGUACAGCAAGCGCCGAUGA